AUGAUAAAAUCAAAACCUCCUCGAAACCCCUACGCAGUCCCAUCCCUCUACCUCCAACUCCUCUCUCCUCUAAAACUCCUCGCCCGCCUGAUCGACCUCCUCAUCUCCCUCCUCCGCCCCCACAAUCCAACCCGCAAAAACAUAACCCUAGUCUGCAUCUCCGACACCCACACCCUCAUCCCCUCAUCCCUCCCCUACGGCGACAUCCUAAUCCACUCCGGCGACCUCACCAACGCCGGAACUCCGCGAGAACUCCAAGCCCAAAUCUCCUGGCUCUCCUCCCUCCCCCACAAACACAAAAUCAUAAUCUCCGGCAACCACGACAGCCACCUCGACCCCCGCUCCCGAGGAACCCUCUCCCUCGCGGACCGCAACACCGACAUCGACUGGAAAAAUCUCAUCUACCUCCAAGACAGCCACAUAACCCUCCCCUUCCCAACCCGCGGCCCCUCAAUCGCAGGCAAAUACCAAACCACAAAACUAAAAAUCUACGGCUCACCUUUCGUCCCACAUGUCGGUGGUCCCGAACAUGCAUUCCAACAUCCUCGAAGUCAAGACUACUGGACUGGUAAAAUUCCCGAAGACACAGAUAUCCUCAUCACACAUUGUCCUCCGAGAUUCCAUUUGGAUCUUCCGGGAGUGCAAGCGAUGGGUGAUGAAUUCUUGUUGCAUGAAGUGAGGAGAGUGAAACCGGCUGUACAUGUUUUUGGACAUAUUCAUGCAGGGAGAUCGGAUCUCUUUGGGAAAGUGAGAGGUGGGAAAGAAGUGGUGAGGUGGGAUCGAGCGGAGAGGCAUUUGGCUGAGGUUUUGAAGCGGGAGUCUCCGGAGUCGUUGACGGAUUGGGCGUUAAAUUUGGGGAAUUUGGUGCUGUGGUAUCAUUUUUUGGCGUUUGUUUACUGGAGUGUACGAGAGGUGCUCGGAGAGGUGUUUUGCUGGCGAGAUGAGCCUCCGAGCACGAUUAUGGUGAAUGCGGCAAUGAUGUAUGAGGAUGAAGGAAGGUUGGGAAACAGUCCGCAGGUGAUACACUUGUGA